CCGUCACUUUCUCUCACGACAGCCAACGGGGAAGGAACCGUUGAGAGGAAAGUCGGUCCCCACUCGACAAUUAUGCAGCAACAAUUGCACUAACAAGGGCACAAUUAUAAUAUUAAGGGCUGCGGUUUAUAUAUAUUUAUAUAUAAAAUAUAUAUAUAUAUAUACUAAACCUCAGCUCUUUUAUGUGCUUUGCCCACACCUUGGUUGCAAAAAAAGGCCAACUGGAUGAGGUUUUCGAGCAGGUAGUCAUUUCUUUAAAAGAUACAUAGGCGUACAUAAUGAAGUUUAACUUGGGUAUUGGUGAUGCUCAGGUGUUGCAGAUGCUCUCCGAAUCCAUCAACAAGGAGAGGCAACAAUGGAAAGCAAAAUUCUUCCGACGACAUGGUGAUACGUGUGUUACAGGCUCUCAGAGAGACUGGGCUGCUUCAUGGUUGGUUAGUGUUAACAGAAACUUCCACUUCACUCCGGAAACUGUCUCUUUGACACUGAACAUAUUGGAUCGAUUCCUUAAUUCUGUUAAGGUACCACCAAAAUAUCUUCACUGUGUUGCAGUAUCCUGCUUCUUUCUGGCAGCAAAAACCAUUGAAGAAGAUGAGGUUAUUCCUAGUACUCGAGAGUUGGCUGCUGAAAGUCAAUGUGGUUGUAGUGUAUCUGAAAUUUUGCGAAUGGAGAGAGAGAUUCUCGGUAAACUGGACUGGAAUUUGAGGAAUGUUAGCCACAUUGAUUUUCUUCACACUAUUCAUGCAUUGUUGCUUUCUAUGUACCCACAGUAUCUAUAUCUUGGUAAUAUGACACCUUCUCACCAGCUGGCAUCCUUGACUUCCAAGGUUUUUCGAUGCUUAUGUAAUCAUAGGUUUAUGGUCUUCCGCCCAUCAGUUUUGGUUCUUGCAGUGUUCAGCCUUGAACUAGAGUCUCAUAUCUUUCACUCGUGGCUCCAGUUGACAAUGAUGCUGCAAAAAAUUACAGAGGUUCCAACUGAUCAACUCAUUAACUGCCGAGAGGAAUGCAGUCGCUAUCUUAGCACCAAAUUCCAUCUUCCUAAGCCUCCUGUAAUUUAUGGACACAAAAAACGAGUUUGUGUGAAACGCCGGCUUGAGCAAAUUGAAGUUGAUGAAAUUUAUGACUGCAUUAAGCACCUGUAUAAUGAAGAGUAUUUCUCUCCACCAACCAAUACAGAAAAGGUUUUACCACUGAGUUGUAGCCAAAAUAUACUUCAAAAACGAGAGGAAGAGUGUGUGAAGCUGCAACCAGUUACUGCAAAUUAAGCUCAGAAUUUUAUUUGGUAUUGUCUUUUAUUUUGUCAAAGGAAAUCUGAGUAUACUUGUCUUUUAUUCUGGGACAAAGAUUUAUAAUUACAAUUUUUUUCCAGUUAUUCUUUUUAUUAAACAGAUAGUUUUUUAACUUUAAAGAUAAAACAAAAAAGUUACAAAGUAUCCUCCCAAAAAAAGAUUAAACUUUUAAAAAAGGCAGCUUAAAAAAUAUAAAAAUAUUUAAAACUCCCAAAAAUAUUACAACUAAUAGACUUUCUCUAAAUUGUUGUUUUAACUAAAUUUUCAAAUGUCUGUAAAAAUGUCCAAGAGCUCUUUUUUUCUGUUAAUUGAGGGAUUUCAGUAUUUAAAAAAAACAAAAAAACAAAUACUUCACAGAAAAAAAAAACUUUUUUGAUACAUUUAUUUGUUUCUUAAAAAGUAGACACCUCAACUCUCCUAAUGAAAAAUCAACUAGUUUACUGUUUUGUAAACCAUUUAAAUUCUGCAUAUUUAAAUCUAUUAAAAGCAGUUUAAAUUGUCCAAAUGAAUAAUUCUAGUAAAAUUGUCAUUGAACACAAUCUUACAGAUCAAUAAUCUGGUAGUUUAGUAACAGCAUUACAGAUAAGAUUAGUUUCCAUUGCAAUUCAUGGAGUGACUUAACAGCAACCUCUGCUGCCCUCUUUUUUUUCUUUCUUUUUUUUUUUGCGCUCUAAGUUUUAUGAAACGCAAUUUGGAUUGUCUCUGUUACUUGGCAACACAGCAGCAGAUAUGAAUGAACAAACUACCAAGUCUAAAAAAAAAAAAUCUGGUGGGCUACAACAGUUUGAGCAUUUGCUAAAUACAUUGUGCACAAAAUGCCGACUGUUACGUUUUUCUCUCACUUCUCCUGAUAGUACUUGUAGCAGGAAAAACCAAUCUCUCUCAAGUGUUGUGGAUAAACUAUGACAAUCUAUUGAUAGGGUGUGAGCUGUCCUUAAUCACCCAGGACACUUGUAACAACCAAAGUUUUAUUGUGCUUUGUCAAUGAAAGACUGUUCAGGCUUUUAUUAGGGCCUGACAUGUCCCUUAAUCAUAAUUAAAUGACGUAACGUAAUAUCAACCCAUAGGAAGAAAACAAUCCUAUGCACUUAUCACUAAAGAAAGCCUAUUUAAUUAUGAUUUGACUCAGUUCAAUUUAACUUGAUACACAGAAACCUCUGGAGUGCUUUACUCCUGAAGAUCUAACAAAAUUAAAAAAUAAAAACCCUUUUUACAUUCCUAUAUAUUUAUAUAUAUAUAUAUUAUAUCUAUAUUUAUAGAAAAAAAAGCAAACACAUUUGUUUGGCAGUCUUACUUUUUCCCCCGCAGGAAUGGUUGAGUCUAGCUAAAUAUUACUUUAGUCCAUAGUGGACUGUCCACAUGUAUAUAAUAAUGUAUAAAAUUUUAAAACCAAAUUACACUUUGUAUAAAGAUCUGUAUGAGCAGGCGAGUGGAAACCUUUUUUUAAAACACAUUCGCAAAGUCUACCGAUGAACAAUUAAAAAAGUGACAUUGAGUGAGUGAACGAAACCAAAAACUAAAAAUUACUCACUGCACCUCACCACAGAAUACAUGGCUACCAUCUCACAUUUCUCUAUGAGAUUCAAAAUCUGGUGUUGUUGAUUUUUUUUUUCCUUUCCCUUUUUUUUUUUUUCUACUUAAGUAUAUAUGACCAUGGCAGCAUGAAAGACUAAAAUACAUGUAUUUAUGAAUAAAAGGGCUGUUUCUGUCUGCUUUUUUUUUUCCCCCACAAAAAAAGUGAUUCAUUACUGACAGAUCAAUAUCUCUAGCUGAGAGAAAGAAGUACAAGUGAAACUUGUGUUGUUGACUGUGGAGUGCAAUCUCGUCUUUGCUAUUGUUGUUCAGUCAACAGAUAAUGACGACAACAACAACAACAAUAAUACUGCUAGCAAUAUUGUCUGGUGCAAGUAAACAACAACAUUACACACUCAACCAUUUUACAAAAAUUAGCAGCAGAAAAUGCCAUAUUGGCAUUUAAGAGUUGUUAUCAUCAAAAUUAUGUCUUACGCUAUCUCUAUGGUGCUUCUCUCUUUCUCUCCCUCUUUUCUAGAAUCUUGCAUCCUUGCUCCAUGUAAUUUUAUUCCAUAAUAUUUAUUUGUUCCACCAUUUUCUUUUUUAUUGGUUCUUUAUUUUUAUUAUUAUCAUCAUUAUUAUUAUUAUUAUUAUUAUUAUUAUUAUUAUUAUUAUUAUUAUUAUUAUUAUUAUUAUCAUCAUCAUCAUUUUAAUGGUUUUAUUUUUCAAAGUAAUUUUAUUAUUAUUAUUAUUAUUAUUAUUAUUAUUAUUUUUAUUAUCAUUAUUAUUAUUUAAAAAUCUUACUGAAAUCCCUUUAAAAAUUUACCAUUUUGUCUAAUGAUAUGAAAUGUCAUCCUUAAAGUAUGGUUGUAUGUUUAUGGACUGUAUACAAUUGUAAGUGUAUACACCAAUAUAUGUGGCUGUGUCAUUGUGUAUAUGUAUGUAUGUAGAUGACUGCACACAAGUGUAUAUUUGCAUGUUUGAAGAGAAAAAGAAAACUAUUUUACUGUGCAGAAAUAAAUCGAAAUAUUUAUACAA